UGCCGUCAGGUUGUCAGUUGUCACCAGCUGUCUGUGUCAUGUGUCAUUGACAAUUGUUGGUGCUUCACGAAGUUGAAAACAUAAAAACUCAUAUGUCGCUGCAGCGCUUGACAGCGCUUCGGGCGCUGAUGGCGAGUCAGCCAACAGCAUUGGCAGCUUACAUCGUCCCAACCGCUGACGCUCACAAUUCAGAGUACAUAUCCCCAGUGGACGCGCGCAGAGAAUGGAUAUCUGGUUUCACAGGGUCAGCCGGCACCGCCGUCGUCACCAGUGCACAAGCGCUGGUGUGGACGGACGGACGGUACUACACACAGUUCGAAAAGGAAGCCGAUUUGACGAUAUGGACAUUAAUGAAGCAAUCAUUACCAGAAACACUAAGUAUGGAGAAAUGGUUAGCGACCAACCUUCUAGCGGGUUCUAUAGUGGGGGUAGACCCGAAGACUAUGACGAGGGAGGAGUGGACUCCUUUGCAGACUGCAUUAACAAAGGCAAGGAUGCAACUAAUAGCCAUAGACAAUAACCUAGUAGACCAGGUGAGGGUACUACUGAAAGACCCUCCACCAGAUAGACCUCAUAACGAAAUUAUACAUCUACCCACACAAUACACAGGUAAAACGGCUGGUCAGAAAAUAUCAGAGUUAAGAGAGAAUAUGGUUCAAAAAAAGGCUUCAGCACUUGUCAUCACCGCAUUAGAUGAAAUUGCAUACACUCUAAACCUACGCGGCAGUGAUAUAGCUUACAACCCCGUGUUUUUCUCCUACCUGCUGGUAACCCCUACUUCCGUGGUGCUGUUCUGGCAUAGGGGUCACAUCCCAGAGGUCAUCGCUGACAAGUUGCUGGAAGAAGGGGUCAAAAUUGAGGGUAAACCAUACGAUGACAUAGAAGCGACAUUGAGAAGUUUUGCUAAAGAGUUAUCCGAAAAUGGCGACGGCGAACAUUCCAUUUGGUUGUCGGGAGAAGCGAGCGAAGCAAUACACAGAGCUGCUUCUGGGGAAGGUGAUCUAAAAAAACCUCUGAAUUUAAUUUCCGAGGUGUCUCCGGUCGCUUUGGCAAAGUUAAUCAAGAAUGAUGUUGAAUUAGAGGGUUUCCGUCAAUGCCAUAUCAGAGACGGUAUAGCGGUGGUCCGCUUCUUCAGAUGGCUUCACUCUCAGAUAGACAAAGGUGAAACUGUCACUGAAAUUCAAGCUGCUGACAAACUACUAGAGUUUCGCAAAGAUGAAAAAGACUUCAUGGGUGCAUCUUUCGAAAGUAUCCCGGGCGCGGGUGAAAACGGUGCCAUUAUCCAUUACAGCCCGUCCCGGGAUGGACCGCAAAGGGACAUCCGGUCUACGGAUAUGUUUCUACUGGACUCUGGUGGACAAUACAAGGAUGGAACAACUGACAUAACUCGAACAAGGCACAUGGGUGAACCGACGCCCUUCCAGAAGGAUGCAUUCACCCGCGUCUUAAAAGGACAGAUUUCUGUAGGCAGUGCACUAUACCCGAAGGGAGUGAAGGGCAACGUGCUUGACAGUUUUGCGCGAAAAGCGCUAUGGGACGUGGGACUGGAUUACGCGCAUGGCACGGGACACGGCGUGGGUCACUUCCUCAACGUGCAUGAGGGUCCAAGUGGCAUAUCCUGGAGACCCUAUCCGCAUGACCCAGGCUUAAAACCUGGACAGAUCCUGAGCAACGAGCCGGGUUACUACAAAGUGGGUGAAUUCGGCAUAAGACACGAAGACUUGGUAGAAACUAUUGCCGUCACAAAAGAGACCAAACAUCCUAGGGCUGCGGAUUUAAUCAGUGACUAUGACGGCCGUGGCGUGUUAGGUUUCAACACUAUAACUUUGGUGCCCCAUCACCAGAUAUGUAUCAACCAAGAACUUUUGACUGAUUUUGAGCUGAACUAUCUUAAUGCCUACCACGAGAGAGUUUUCAAAACUCUUGGGCCACUUUUGAUGGAACGCGGCCUGAAAGAAGACUACGAAUGGUUAGAAAAAGAAUGCUCGCCCAUUUCCAGAUCGUGAAGUUAAGUUUUUGAAGUUGCAACGAAUGAAAUCUUAUUCUUCUUAUUUAAAGAAACAUCCAGUAAUGUUAUUUUACCUACUUUAAGUUUAAUUUAAAUUAAAUCAUUUCACUUGUAUAACCAUUAGGUACAUUAAAAAUGU